AUGUUACUCUCUGUCUCUUUUUUUUUCUCUCUCUCUCUCUCUCUAUCAAUCUCUCUUUCGAUCGAAUUCUGCUCAACUUUUAUUCUUGGUUCAUUUGGGUUUUUUUCCCUUUCAUCUCUUACUCUUCCCUCUCCCUUUCGCCUCUUCCCUCUCUGUGCCUCUUUCUUUCAUCUCUUUUUCUCUCUCUGUGCCUCUUUCUUUCAUCUCUUUUUCUCUCUCUGUGCCUCUUUCUCUUUCAUCUCUUUUUCUCUCUCUGUGCUUCUCUCUCUUUCAUCUCUUUUUCUCUCUCUCCGUGCUUCUCUCUCUUUCAUCUCUCCGUGCUUCUCUCUCUUUCAUCUCUCCGUGCUUCUCUCUCUUUCAUCUCUCCGUGCUUCUCUCUCUUUCAUCUCUCCGUGCUUCUCUCUUUCUUUCUCUCUUUCUCUCUUUCAUCUCUCUUCUUCUCUUUCAUCUCUCCGUGCUUCUCUCUCUUUCAUCUCUCCGUGCUUCUCUCUCUUUCAUCUCUCUGUGCUCCUCGUUCUCUCUUUCUUUCUCUCUCUGUGCUUCUCUCUCUUUCAUCUCUCUGUGCUCCUCGUUCUCUCUUUCUUUCUCUCUCUGUGCUUCUCUCUUUCAUCUGUAAAUAUGGCUUCAUCAUUGCCAACUGGUUUCAUGAGUUCUUCCAUUCCUUACUCUUCAAUUGAAGACAUCCAUACAGUUUCCCGGUGGGAUGCUGGUCAUAAAUUUUGUAUUCGGAUCACAGUUCAAGAAGGAUCAGUACUACUCCAGAAACAUGUACAUAAAUAUGAAAAAUUGCUGAAAACUGCACGGAGACCUGAAGUAGUGGUGAAAGAAAUUAAGAAUAUGAUUGAUGUUUCCCUCAACACACCAAUACAUGACACAAGUGUCUACCAGUUUCCACUUGAACUAGUUUCUGAACUAUUACAAUCAGCAAAUUCUGAAUUAACAUCCAAAUCUGCUCAUGAAAAUAUCAUCAUUGCCUUGACGCCAUUAUUGGAGAACAACCAUCCAACACAAGAAAUCUGUGAAUUCCUAAUAAAACAUUGCAAAAAAAGUCCUCGGUCAAGCAUUGUUAUUGAUCUUUUCACCCCAGUAGCUCAAAGAAUUUUGAAACACAAUACAGACUUUGGCAAGUUACCAAAUAUGCGCAGAUUUGUCCAGGAAUAUAUUCUAGCCUUAAACUCUCAAAAUGAUGGCUUUAAGGUGGUUCAAGCCUUUGUAAGAAACAUGCACGGACAGUCAAGUACCUGCCCCCAUCCACGGGUUCUGCCUAACUUGGUGGCAGUCUGUCUUGCUUCGAUUUAUUCAUGUUAUGAAGAAAAGAAAAAAGGAUUCUUAAACAACGCAAACAUAAGUGAAGAAGAUUGGAACAAGAAGCUUUUAUGCUACAUUAAAAUGUUUGAAACUAUGUAA